AUGAAGCAAUCAACUACACUCCGGCACCCCACCACCAGCGAGAGAGCAGCCCGGAGUUCUAAACACAGCACAGCCACCUCCACUCAUGAAGCAAUCAACUACACUCCGGCACCCCACCAGUCAGCCAGAGAGCAGCCCGGAGUUCUAAACACAGCACACUCCGGCACCCCACCAGUCAGCCAGAGAGCAGCCCGGAGUUCUAAACACAGCACAGCCACCUCCACUCAUGAAGCAAUCAACUACUCUCCGGCACCCCACCAGUCAGCCAGAGAGCAGCCGGGAGUUCUAAACACAGCACAGCCACCUCCACUCAUGAAGCAAUCAACUACACUCCGGCACCCCACCAUCAGCCAGAGAGCAGCCCGGAGUUCUAAACACAGCACAGCCACCUCCACUCAUGAAGCAAUCAACUACACUCCGGCACCCCACCAGCCAGCCAGAGAGCAGCCCGGAGUUCUAAACACAGCACACUCCGGCACCCCACCAGUCAGCCAGAGAGCAGCCCGGAGUUCUAAACACAGCACAGCCACCUCCACUCAUGAAGCAAUCAACUACACUCCGGCACCCCACCAGCCAGCCAGAGAGCAGCCCGGAGUUCUAAACACAGCACAGCCACCUCCACUCAUGAAGCAAUCAACUACACUCCGGCACCCCACCAGUCAGCCAGAGAGCAGCCCGGAGUUCUACACACAGCACAGCCACCUCCACUCAUGA